CAAUAUUACGUUUUUUCUCGCUGACAAAGGCAAAUGAAGCCAUGUUUUUGCUUACAAACAAGUAACAUCUCAACGCCUUGAUCCGGAGCCGUGCACCGGUGCGCUGAGUGGGAGAGGCCGCGUGGAACAGCCUUCGCUCGCGCUUGUUAUUUAUCAGAUGUGGACAUUUGUAACGGGAUAGAUGAUCGUUUCUUUUAAGACCUUUACUCGGGAUAUCUUUUUAGCAAACUACUUGACAGCGACACCGCAACUCUCAAAACACAGCAAGGACGCAGCGCCAAAGCCCAGAGGAAAUAUUGUUGAAUACAGAAAAUGAGUUCCGGGGCGAGCUGGUGAACCAGCGGUGGACACGAGGUGAAAGGACCAGCAGCCGCUGCCAGGCCUCCCAGAGACUGCAGAGCCGUCGACCAAUCAUGAUGAGUGUAGAGGGUGACGCCAAGCGAACUCGCACUCGGUCCAAAGGAAUCAGAGUUCCUAUUGAGCUCGUAGGACAAGAGCUGAGCUGCCCCACCCCUGGAUGCAAUGGCUCUGGCCAUAUCAGUGGGAGAUACUCACGACACAGAAGCAUUCUGGGCUGCCCUAUAGCCAGAAAGCGCCGUCUAGAGGAAGCAGAAGCCGACCAGGAGCAAGAGCAGGACACAGAGCGGCCCGCCUCCAAGAAGAAGUCCCACCCCCUGAAAAUGGCCCUGGACGAGGGCUUCAGCGCAGAGAGCGACGCCAGCAGCGAGGCUGACGGCGAGGGAGAGAAGGAUGGAGAGACAGCAGGAGAGACCAAGGAGGUGGAGGAGGAGGAGGAGGAGGAGGAAGAAGAGAGGGGGGCAGCUAUAGAGGAGGAGACAGAGGAGAUGACAAAAGACCUGACACAGGAUGGACAGACAAAUAGACAGGAGGAGGAGACACAAAUGGAGGAAGAAGAGGAGAGGGAAGAAGAAGAAGUAUAUCAGAAGGAGAACACAUUUACUGCAGAUGAAGAGGAAGAGUGUGUGAUCAUCGAGCCGGAGUUUGGAGCAGCGCCACCUGCAACCGAGGAGUGCCAGUCUCCCUCUCAGAGCGCAGAGGAGGUGGCCAACUCUCUCCUCCACCUCGGCUGCCUCUCCGACAACAAUGCCCCCACCGUGGCCAUUCAGCAGCCUGUUGCCGUGGAGACUGAGGAGGAUGUCACUGUGGCAGCCGAAUGGGGGGAAGAAGUUAAGGACGAACAGGAAGGGGGCAUGAAUGAGGGGGAAGAGGAGGAGGAAGUGGCACGCGGGGUUCAAGCAACAGAAGAGGCAUCUGUUCUGCAGAAGGAGACAGCUGAAGUGGAGGAAGAGGAGUUGGAGGAGGAGGUAGAAGAUGAGAAAGGAGAGUGCCCAGACAGGAGCAACAAUGUGAUCCAAGAGAACCACCAAUAUCUGACCGAAGAUGUUCGCCAUGAACAGAUCAAAGAUGACGAGGAGGAGGAAGAGGAGGAAGAGAUAGCAGCGCCAGCACAGCAAAGCCGGGGCACUCCAGUAGAAGAAGAGGAGGAGGAGGAGGAGGAGGAGGAGGAGAAAGAUGAAGAGGUGAACCACAUUCUGGCCAUUUCUGAUGUGCCAACCGCCAUCCGGAACAUCACCAGAACCGCAGCAGCUCAGGGAACACACAUCAAGGCUGAGGACUACAAGGCCAGUCCCCUAGAAAACUACAAUACCAACAGGGCCACUCCACUUGUUCAUAAACCUAGCCCGCUUCAGAACUACAAGGCUAGCCCUCCUUUAAGCUACAGCUCGCACAGAGUCAGUCCACUGGAGGACUACUUCCCCAACCUCAGAGGUGAGAACUAUAAGAUCCACAAAGCCGUGUCCUCCACCUCUCCCGACAUUAUCGAAGUGCGAUCAGAUAGGUCAGAGGAGAGAGACUUUGACGACGUGGAUGGGGACGACGAGCGCGAUGAUGAAGACAGCCUGUCGCAGCGUUCCACGGUGACGGAUGAGUCGGAGAUGUUUGAUAUAACCCGAGGGAACCUGGGCCUGCUGGAGCAAGCCAUCGCCCUGAAGGCGGAGCAGGUGAAGCCGGCCGGGCCCAGGGAGCUGCUCCGCGCCCCAGAUAUCCACCACCAGCGAUACUUCACCAUGGAUGACAGGCCAAAGCACCUUGACGUCAUCCGCAAGAGCUACUUCAGCAAAGAGAGCAGUAGGCCAGAGAAGAGGGAGAUCAAGUGUCCCACCCCGGGGUGUGAUGGGACGGGUCACGUGACCGGUCUUUACCCCCACCACCGCAGCUUGUCAGGCUGUCCGCACAAGGACAGGAUCCCCCCGGAGAUUCUGGCCAUGCAUGAGAAUGUGCUGAAGUGUCCAACCCCUGGCUGUACUGGUCAGGGCCAUGUUAACAGCAACCGUAACACACACCGCAGUCUUUCUGGAUGCCCCAUUGCUGCUGCAGAAAAGCUGUCCAAGGGCCAUGAUAAGCAGCAUCUCUCUCAGCCGGGCAGCGAGCACCUCAAAGGAAGUCCUAACGACAGAGUGUUAAGCCCUACCCUGACAUCCUCUCGCUCUCCCUUUCCUCCUCGCAGGCCCAUGUGCUUUGUGAAGCAGCUGGAGGUGCCUCAGUACGGCAGCUACAGGCCCAACAUGGGGCCCGCCACGCCUCGCGCCAACCUGGCCAAGGAGCUGGAGAAAUACUCCAAGGUGUCCUUCGAUUAUGCAAGCUUCGACGCUCAGGUGUUCGGGAAGCGCAUGCUUGCUCCAAAGAUGCCCACCAGCGAAACGUCGCCCAAAGCCUUCAAAACUAAGCCCUCAUUCCCCAAGUCCCCGUCACCGAGCCUCAGUCUCCAUGGUUACGGGAAGAGCUCCUCCUUGGCUUACGACUACUCCCAUGAUGCCGAGGCCGCUCACAUGGCUGCCACUGCCAUCCUGAACCUGUCUACGCGCUGUUGGGAGAAACCUGAGAACCUCAGCACCAAACCACAAAAUAAGGAAUUGGCCAUUGAGGUGGAUGAGAACGGCACCCUGGACCUGAGUAUGAAGAAGCCCAUCAAACGAGAGGGCAGCCUGUCCGGCACCAGCCCCGGGGUUAGGUCCCCAGACCCCUCCUCUUCCUCUUCCUCACUCCAUCAUGGUGGAAGCAGCGGGAUGACAUCGCCAAACCUACACACCUACAAGCAGGAGGAGUGGGAGGGCCCCCUGGAUUACACCAAACCCAACCGCCAAAGGGAGGAGGAAAUGGACGAGAUGGAGCACACGGGCCAGUCGUUUGUGUCGUCUGACGCGGAGGACUGUGACAUGAUGCAGGACUGUCUGGAGGAGAGGAAGUACCCAGGAGAGGUCACGACUCCGAGCUUCAAGGUCAAAUUCCAGCCCAAGGAUAGCAAGAAAGAACUGCUCUCGUGCCCUACACCUGGUUGUGACGGCAGUGGUCACAUCACUGGAAACUAUGCGUCCCAUCGCAGUCUGUCUGGGUGUCCUCUCGCUGAUAAGAGCCUUCGGUCCCUCAUGGCGGCCCACACCCCUGAACUCAAAUGCCCCACUCCAGGAUGUGACGGCUCAGGUCACAUCACAGGAAACUACACCUCCCAUAGAAGUAUCUCUGGGUGCCCGCGUGCCAAGAAAAGUGGAAUUAAAACUCCUACCAAGGACAACCAGGAGGACUCCGAGCUUUUAAAAUGCCCGGUGCCUGGCUGCGACAGUUUAGGUCACAUCAGUGGGAAGUACGCCACGCACCGUAGCGCCUACGGCUGUCCGCUGGCGGCCCGCAGACAGAAGGAGGGUCUACUGAACGGCACCCCCUUCAACUGGAAGGCCUUCAAGACAGAGGGGCCUACUUGUCCAUCCCCAGGUUGUGACGGCUCCGGACACGCUAACGGAAGCUUCCUCACACACCGCAGCCUCUCAGGAUGCCCCAGAGCCUUGUUCGCUAAGAAGAAGGCUAAGUUCCCCACAGAGGACUACCUGAGCACCAAGUUCAGAGCCAGUGAUGUUUUGGACAACGAUGAGGACAUCAAGCAGCUCAACAAAGAGAUCAACGACCUCAAUGAAUCUAACAAUGAAAUGGAGGCUGACAUGGUCAACCUGCAGACUCAGAUCUCCUCCAUGGAGAUGAACCUGAAGAGCAUUGAGCACGAGAACAAGAUGAUUGAGGAGCAGAACGAGGCUCUGUUCAUGGAGCUGUCCGGCCUCAGCCGCGCCCUGAUCCGCAGCCUGGCUAAUAUCAGCCUGCCACACAUGCAGGAGCCAAUCACCGAGCAGAACUUCGACAGCUAUGUGAGUACCCUGACCCACAUGUACACCAACAAGGACUGCUUCCAGAGCCCCGAGAACAAAGCUCUGCUGGAGAGCAUCAACAAAGCUGUGAAAGGCAUCAAAGUCUGAGGCUCGACGCGCUCACACAGAAUGCAGACUGUCCUGAAGAGCCGGAGCGUGACGGAGGGGAGGUGGAUGUUGAAAUACUCUACGAUAUAUUGAAAUAUGAUUCAAAAACAAAAAGGGAAUUCAGGUUAUUUAAAUAAACGGCAACUUCAAAAACAAAAAAUCAACCCAGGGAGCACUCUGUUAGAGGAAAAGUGACGCGGACCAAAAUCCACACCAUGCUGCUGCUGGGAUUAGGAGGAGGAACCGGAUCCUUCAGUCAGACCGGAUGGAAGAGAAGAAUACUGCUACUAGAAACUGUAUGUGGGGGGUUUAAUAUGCUGUAUGUUUACCUGUUGUCUCUUUUGUGUCCUUAACUGUUUUUGGAUGAGCGGUUGAUCAGUUUUUCACGCUUCACACCAACUGGAACACGGAGGAUAGUGAACACAGGAUUGUUUAAAGGAGCUCAGAGACAUGAAGAGGACAAAGAGGAGUUGGAUGUGCUGCCCUAUAGCAUACACUGUGGCCAGUGUGUGUGUGUGUGUGUGUGCGUGUGUGUGUGUGUGUGUGUGUGUGUGUCUGUGUGUGUCUGUGUGUGCAUGCUCACCAACUCCAGGAGCUCUUUGAUUCAUGACCACACACACCCCAGCAAUAUGAAGCAUGCACUACACUGGAUUUGUGUUUGCUUUGUGGUAUUACUGCGGCAAAGGUGUCAACAGUGCAAUGUUGACUCGACAUGGGCGAGGGGUAAAGUCUUAAGAUAGACCCAGGAACAGUGCAGGUUGUUUAUUUUCAUGGGACAGCUGAUAUGAUGAUUUUAAAAAGCAGCAGAUAAAUCCGUUUAUUCCUUUUUUUUAUUUUUUUACCUGAAAUGAUAGAAAUAGUGUGCACACGGCUCAAAUUCAGUUAGUCAUAUCAAUAGUAUUUAUCAACAUAGGAAUUGCACUUCAUUUUAAUGAAUAGUUUUGUGGUACAAUAAUUAAUGUUAUAUAUGAAUUAUUUAAACUUGUGAAGUCUUAAAUUGUAACUUAUUGCCAUUUAUGUUAUUGAGGUUUAUUUAUUUGAAGUAAUUUAUUUAUUAACUUUGUUUUGUAAUACACACACAGCAUCCUUACUGAUUAUCAUGGUCAAAGCAAGUUGCAGAUGUCUUACGUCAAUAUUUUAAGAAUCUAUAUAGAUAACUGACGAGGCAUAUUUUGUUUUGAGUACUUUCUAAAAGCCUUUUUAAGUGCAGAUGUUUUAUAACUGACAAGAUCUUUUGAUAAUUUUACACAAAUCUUUUGGUGUUCUUGUUUUUCUCCGUUUCGUUUGUGUUCUUUCUGUUACUGCUACAUUCAGAAACCCACUGCUGAGGGGGAAAAAGAAAGUAUGUAUUUAUUAUUUAUUGAAUAUGAAAGAAAUUGACUGAUAUGGCUGUAUAUUUAUUUUGUUAUUUAUUUGCGUGAUGUGACGGUUGAGUCCAAUUAGUCUUAAAGAUCCACUGCUAAUAUUUAAAUAAAGAAAACGGCAUCAAUACAAACACUGUUUGAUUACUUAGGCUUAUAUACUUAGACAAACCAGCAGCUGAUUGUAAAGACAAAAAGAGCCCCAACAUCUGUGUGUUUGCUUUUGUCAGGUAAAAGAAAACCAGGAAAAGUUACUUUAAAAAAAAAAAAAUGUUAAGUUCAAAAACGUUACCUCUCCGAAGCGCUUUGUAGCGGCCAGCACUGGCUCACCCCAAACCUCUGUAAUGUACCAGAGAUGCUUAAGUUCUGCUUUGGAUUCUUAUGUCUUAUGUGUUGUUUUCAUCAGCACAAUGGUACAUGUAUAGAGCUGUAUUCCAGCUGUGGUUCAGGCUGGAUGAAUGGUUCUAAAACACACACACACACACACACAGCAACACAUCCAGCCAUGGAGGAUACUGUAGGAUGGCCUCCUUUGACAAACUUCUAUCAGAUAAACAUACACACCCUUGUAGCCUUACUCUAGAUUUUAAUUUUUAGAUGCACAAAGUGCCACUAAAAAAAAAAAAAAAAAGAAGAAAAAACUUUCUUUCCUUAUUCUUUGCAUUUCUGCAAUGUAACAAUGUCUGGUCCCGGGAAGACCACGGCAUCAAGAGAGCGGUGAUUGUUUCAGAUGCCUUUAUUUCUCUGCCAAGAUGGCCAUUAGUACACUCUAUAUACAUUCUGUAUAAAUAGAUUUUAAAGAUGCUAUAUAUAUGAAUAUAAACAUACAUAUAUUUUUCCAGUGUAAUUGUUGACUUGCUCUUCUUCUUCUCUUGUAUUACCUUAACAGAGGAUCACUAGCUGUCGAGAAGAGAUGGGAGGGGCGUUACCAAUAGGAGGCAGUUACACCUUAUUUAAUAUCACUAAGACCUGCUCAACUGUGGCUUUAAACACACCAUUCACUCAAACUGAAGGUUAAGUAGGCCUCAUUGACGAUACUGUACAAGACUGUAGUGUUUUUAAAGCUUUCCUUUUAUUUCUCCCCCCUCCAUUUCCUGUAUUUGUCUGUCCUUGAUCCAGAAAUGUCAAAAAAACAUCUACUGUAUGUUGUACUACUGAAUCUGACAAAUAACUAGAUGGUUGGCUCUUUGUUCCUAAGUGUCAUGUGACUUCAUGUAUAGUUAAAAAAAAAGAUGAUGCCUCUGGAUAAUGUUCUGCACAUAGUGUUUGGCGGCAUUGUGCAGUUGUUGUAUUGUUACUAGUGAGGCCUGCUUGCUAUGAGCCCAUUCUCUCUGAUGUUGAAACAAGCAAGUAGGAGACUUGUAGUGUGACCUGCCUUUGAGUGAUUCGUUGCAGCUACUGUGGUGUAACAGUAUGAUCCCCUUGUGUGACUCUGAUGUCAAAGGCAUGUUGUAAAUGUGCUCUUAGCCAAUGUAGAAUGACACUCCUUUGUGCACUUUCUGAAUAACCGUCGAAAAUGCCAGCAUUUGAGUCCUGACUUGUGAAAACCCUGAUAGAUCACGAGCAAUUCAAGUAUUCAACUCCACCGGAGGGCGCACUGCAAAGUAUUGUCACACCUGUCUGUUGCUGUUCCCAUAGAAAACAAGCCGCACGUCAUGUCAGACAGAGAUAUGUCUUUGAUUCCGCGGGUUCAGCCCCGUGCUGUCGGAGCUCAGAAAUGUAUUAAAAAAAGGAAGCGCUACUUUCUUUUCCAAACAAAAACCAAAAGAGAUUGGUUCUCAGGUGAGAGGGGAGAGCUGCCACAGGUCAGCCAGUCAGCCGAGGCUAGAGGCUGGAUCGGGGGCCUCCUGUGAAAUGAGAUGAGCGUGUGGGAGUGGGAAAUUGAUUUGCCGGGCUACACAAUCUCCCCCUUGUUUUAGGAGGAGGCGUUUGUUGCAUAAAUAUGUGUCCAUCAGUCAAAAGAAUGUUGAAGCUUUUAAUGACUUUUAAACCCACCCCCACCCCCUUCCUCAUGUCUAGUGUAACCUUUCCUCAGGAAAGAUCAUUUUUGAUGCAUUUGGUUAACAAAGUAGUAUAUUCUUCCUCUCUUGAAAUGCACGAGAAUACUACCCAAGAGUGUUAAGACUGUGAAUCUUCUCCUAACUUAUUUGAUAUGGCAUGACCCCUUUUAAACUGCUUGAUGAAAUUGUCUACUGAGGUAUGUAAAUGAAUAACACUGAGGCCAUGAAAGCAUAGCAUUUAAAAAAAACAAAAAACAGUCAGCUGAGGAAGCGAGUGCAGCCUAAGGUUGGUUCUUCACCCACGCACUGUAUGUUUUCUGAUUUACAGAGAAGUACUGAGUGAUGGAGUGAGGAGUUUUAUUAUUCCAAAUAGCAAAGGAAUUUAAAAAAGCAGACCCAGUUUCCCUAAAGCACCUGGAACGAAAAUUAUUUAAACAUGUUGACACUUUCAGGGAAACCAGCCCAGACCAAAAUCCAGCUGUGUGUUUAGGAGGGGGAGGGGGGGGGAUAGGUACAGAUGUGUGGCACACACCACGUAGGAAAUGACUCAUGAGAUAAGAAAAGAAUGUCUGGUUGAGUGGCACUUUUCAUCAAGCUGAGCAAAACCAAAAGCAAUUCCCCCCCCCCCCCCCCCUCACCCUCUGCUGUAGUUACAAGCCGUGUGGUCUUAUCAUGUGUGCCUUUCUCACUCCACGCAUCUCAAGAUAGGGUAUGUUUACACUUGGCAAACCUGGUUCAAAUAGUGCUGGAAACAUUCAGUCUAGAUCUUUUACCCAAUGCUGUCGGGGAACUUGGGGGAGGGGGGGGGGGGUUACUACAGUAUGUAUAGGGAGAUAAAACAGGCCAUUUUGUGACAAAAUGAGAUACAAAACAACAAGCGUCUCUUAGGCUAAAGAAACUGUGAUCUCAUUCUGUCGAUUCAGGUACCAAACUGCACGGACAGUAAUCUGAAGAACAUCGUCAUCAUCAUCAUCAUCAUCAUCAUCCCUAGAUAAUGCAUCAGUGUGCAGGGCAAUAUUUUGAAACAAGUGGAAGUCUCUGUACAUAUUUGUAUUCAGAAGAAACAGUGUUAUUGUUGUUGUAUUGAAGACAAGUUUAAAAUGGCAAAAGAAAAAAAAUUGUUUUGUGACAAAGAAAAAAAAAAUCCACAGCCAAGGGUUGUCCUGCUAGCACAUUUUUACAGAGAUGAGCUAUUUUUAUUGGUGAUUUUCUAGGCAUUAAUAAUGAUAUCCUUUUCAAAAAGUACAAAACUUCCAAAAUUACAAGCACUUCCACAACGAUAGAUUGUAUGGUCCUUUUUGUUACUUUUGUAGAUGUGCUCGUUCCUUUACUACUGCACCAUUUUGUAAAGUGGGACAGGCCUUGGCUGUGUGUCCUCGGGGUCUCAUGAUGUUUGUUUUUUUUUUGUUUGGGAAGUAAAACACUGUAGAUGGGCCGAACUUGUGACUGUGUGUUUGUGUACUUGUGUACAUGUUCCCCUGUUCCUGUGUCAGUGUUAUAAGCCAGAGAAGUGAUGUCAGUUAUUGUGGGGGUAUGAACCAUUUUAAAUGUUCUCUAUGAAAAACGCAAAUAAAGAAUCAUAGACAA